CGUCGGGGACACCGGAAGCUUUCAGGAACCGGCGGCGGAGUUUGGUGCUGUUCAGCAAGCUAGGUUCCUGGUCUGUUGGCGGCGUGGAGGCACCUUACUGCGGCUGUGGUUUCCCGGCCUCACGUCUCUGGACCUUCGGUAGGCGUUAACUAGACCCCGCUGAAGGCCGCAGCAGGUCUAGAUAGCAUAGCCAGGCCCUCGGCGCCCCUGGGGAAAGGCCCGCAACCUUGCUAGGUCUUCGGCGGCGGGAGCAGCUCAGCCUUCUCAAUCUCUGUGCCUUCCUGGCGACCAACGAAAAGCUCCCUCGGAAUUUCGAUGUACCGGGUGACCUUGAGCUCAGGGCGACGCCUUGCUUGUAGUUCCUGGCUGCACUCGGCUGUACAGGAACUUUGUGAGAAUUUCAAUAUAUGAAAACACUGUCCGGGUUCCAACUGGUGUCUGUCUGAAGGUCUCAGUAUAAUACCAGGACCAAAAUAUUGUAUAACAGUCAGCCAGCCACCUAUAUACUUAAUUACUCCUAAAAUAUCAUGGACUUCUAAAGAAGCGCCAUGGCCUGUGCUGCUGCGUUGACCCCAGCGUUGCUGCGGGGCGCUGUGGGAGUCGCCUGUACCCAGGCUGCUUUGUUGAGAGCGACACGCAGCACUCUGCGCCACCUUACUCUAACCAGCAUGAUGAAGUCCAAAAGGAAAACUGAUCACUUGGAGAGAACCGCAAAUGCCGUCCGACGGGAGGUUGUGUCAGCAGCGAAGGUGUGUGGAGCAGCCCGCGAGUCACCCUCUGUGAAGAGGCUCCGCCUGCUUGUUGCUGAUAAAGAUUUUACUUUUAAAGCUGGCCAGUGGAUUGAUUUCUUUAUCCCAGGAGUCUCUGUGGUUGGUGGGUUCUCAAUAUGCUCCAGCCCCAGACUGCUAGAACAGGAGAGAAUAAUAGAAUUGGCAGUGAAAUAUACGAACCACCCUCCUGCUCUCUGGAUUCACAAUCAGUGUACACUUGACUCUGAAGUGGCCCUGAGAGUGGGUGGAGAGUUCUUCUUUGACCCUCAGCCUGCAGAUGCCUCUAGGAACCUCGUGUUGAUUGCAGGAGGAGUCGGAAUUAACCCUCUGCUUUCCAUCCUGCGGCACUCGGCGGACCUCCACAGAGAAUGGGCAGACAAAGGAAGCGGAUAUGAGAUAGGAACAGUAAAACUGUUCUAUAGUGCAAAAAAUACCAGUGAACUGCUGUUUAAGAAAAAUAUCCUCGAUUUAGUAAAUGAAUUUCCUGAGAAGAUUGCAUGCAGUUUGCAUGUUACAAAGCAAACUACACCAAUCAGUGCAGAGCUCAAGCCAUACAUCACGGAAGGAAGAAUAACGGAGAAGGAGAUAAGAGAUCAUAUUUCAAAAGAGACUUUGUUCUAUAUUUGUGGCCCACCUCCGAUGACAGACUUUUUCUCCAAGCAACUAGCAAAUAGCCAUGUUCCCAAAGAACACAUUUGCUUUGAGAAGUGGUGGUAGGGCGCAGGCAAAGGUGUCAAAGAGAAGCUUAUGAGAUUCACUCAGGAUAGUAAGAAUUUGUGUUACGUGAUUUGUGGCAAGAUAAAUUUCCCUCUACUCAGUCUUUUUUUUUUAAGGCUGUGAACAGUGACCUGCUGGAGAAUAAAAGAAAAACCACCUGACAGACUAAAAUGAUCAACUUUUUGCAAAGACUGCAUCGAUUAAACUAUUUUUUACUGUAUUGAUUUUCUUAUAUUAAUCCUGUUUGAUUAUCUCAUAAUGUACCUCAAAUUGGUCAAUAUAGAUUUCUAUAAGUAUAUAGACAUAGUAUACUUAUAUUUAUUCAAUCAUGAAAAUGUGGUUCUGUGUGUGAAAUAAAG